CGCCCCCUCCAGCUCCUCCUUCUCGCGCAGCCUUCGGAGCUAAGGGUCCGGCCGCAGCUUCUCGGAGCUCUCCGGAGAGGAGCGGAGCUUGGGCGAGCAGGCGAGCGGGCACGAGCCGGGCCUGAGCCGAGCGGCCGGGAGUGACACGGCCGAGGUUUCUGCAAAGUUGGGCGCGCGCUCGCGCCACAGCGCCCGCGGCCGGAGCGAUGAAGAUGGUCGCGCCCUGGACGCGGUUCUACUCCAACAGCUGUUGCCUGUGCUGCCAUGUCCGAACCGGCACCAUCCUGCUCGGCGUCUGGAACCUGAUCAUCAAUGCUGUGGUACUGCUGAUUCUAUUGAGCGCCCUGGCUGACCCAGAUCAGUAUCACUUUUCAAGUUCUGAACUAGGAGCUGACUUUGAGUUCAUGGAUGAUGCCAACAUGUGCAUUGCUAUUGCAAUUUCUCUUCUCAUGAUCCUGAUCUGUGCAAUGGCUACUUAUGGAGCAUACAAGCAACACGCUGCCUGGAUCAUCCCAUUCUUCUGUUACCAGAUCUUUGAUUUUGCCCUGAACACCUUGGUUGCAGUCACUGUGCUGGUUUAUCCAAACUCCAUUCAGGAAUACAUACGACAGCUGCCUCCUAAUUUUCCCUACAAAGAUGAUAUCAUGUCCAUGAAUCCUACCUGUUUGGUCCUUAUUAUUCUUCUGUUUAUCAGCAUUAUCUUGACCUUUAAGGGUUACUUAAUUAGCUGUGUUUGGAACUGCUACCGAUACAUAAAUGGCAGGAACUCCUCCGAUGUCCUGGUUUAUGUUACCAGCAAUGACACUACGGUGCUGUUACCCCCGUAUGAUGAUGCCACUGUGAAUGGCGCUGCCAAGGAGCCGCCACCACCUUAUGUGUCUGCCUAAGCCAGAAAGUGGGGCAGGGCUGAGAGCACGAGCUUGACUUUCCCGACAUCAGAGCAAUAGUUCUUUAACUUUACCUCUGAGAUGAGCUCUCUGCAUUUAUUUGUUGCUGAAAUGCUAUAGUUUAAAAAUUUAGAUGUUAAGUUGAAAUCCUCUGUAGUGUUAAACAUACGCUUUAGCUAGAGCACUGUGAUAGACUGAUUAACUGUAGAGUUCUUUCUGUAGCGGUGGGUGUGACGGGCUUCCCUGGUCCUCCCUAGACUUCCCUGGGCGCCGAAACUUCCCCCAAACCUGGAUGAACCUUGAGUCAGACUGGUUUUGUACCUACUAGACCCCAAAGUUAGGGAAUUACUCACAUCUUUUUUCUCUCCGUUCCCUCUGUCUCUUUGGGAAGUGUAAAAUAAAAUAAAAAAUUAGACAAUACUCUUCUUAAGCCAUUCCAGUGUGUGGAAAAAACCUUUAUGAGAACAGGAAUGUUAAUUGUGGAAUCGUUGCUCUAAUUAGGUAAAUGGGAGUAUAUAUAUAUUCAUCAAUAAAACAGGAAUUUCCUUAAGAUCCUUUAUGAUUUAAAUUCAGUGACAGUUUGAAUUUGCUGCUCAAGGCUAAAUUGAGACCCUUUGACAAUCCUCGGCAGUGAGAGAGCAGUCACUACACACGGCUGUUCUUGUAUACCCGUGUCUGAGGUCAUGGACUGGCAUGUCUCAUCCAUGUUCGAGGGGUAGAACUGAUUUGUUUGGUACUGCGUGGUGUCUGGUACUCCCUUUUUCCUGGUUUCCCAUCUCCGCCCAGGGCCCCCUUUCACUAAGUGUUCUGCCCUUGCCUGAUUCAAGGAGGAUAUCCAGCUCGCUUUGUCAGGUGACAUUGUUGAUAUGUGUUUACCUAAUAACAUAAAAAAGGUUUUUCAUCUUCUGUCCCUGCAAGGCACAUCCUACUACUUUGAACUUGCAAGUAUGCUAGUCAUCUUUUAAAAUGAGUGUAAAACAAGUCUUCAGAAAAAUGCAGAAGUCUGCUUUCCUUGUGGAAUGCCCUUAUCUUGACUAUCUAAAUUUCAAGGGACUUUUAUAUAUUCAUAUGUUCAAGAGUCACAACUCUGCUGUUUGUUCAUUACUGAACAUGCUGUAAAUGAAGGCUUUUACAAUUAAAGUGAGAUUUGCCCACACCCAAGAAAAUAA